AUGCCCUAUGUGGGUGUGGGAGCACAGAAGCGAGCUGCAGAAUCACUAUGCGGACCGCCAAUGCUCAAAGUUUAUUUGUCGAUGGCGCUCGGAGUGUUCCUAACGGUAUUGGUGGCAUUGUUGGGGAAAUAUCAUUCCGAGAAUCCAUCUAUUCAGCCGAGACCCGAGACAUUGGAAGAUUAUCACUCACAAGUGGCAAACAAGUUGAGCGAUAAUAUAAACGCCGAGAAUAUAAAAGAAUAUUUACGUGUAUUUACUCGAGAACCUCAUGUAGCUGGGACCGAAAAUAACAAGAAAGUCGCACACGCAAUCGCCGAUCUUUGGACAACGAUUGGACUUGAGGAUGUCCGUUUGAUACCGUAUGACGUGCUUCUCUCGUAUCCGAAUUGGGAUCAACCAAACAAAGUUUUCAUCAAAAACGGAGCACAGACUGUCUUUGAGAGCACAGGAGUCAGUCCAGUGAUCAUCCCGGAUGAACAGAGUGGAAAAUACGCUGGGCAUCAAUGGGUUGCCUGGGCCGCUCCAGGAGUCGUCACCGGUGAGGUCGUCUUUUGCAAUCGAGGACACGAGGCUGACUUUGAGAAUCUAAAGAAAAUGGGCGUCAGUGUUGAGGGCAAAAUCGCUCUCCUUCGCUAUGGCGAUGGUUUCCGAGGGGAUAAAGUAAAGAUCGCGCAAGAUUACGGAGCCAUUGGCGCAAUUCUGUAUUCGGAUCCGGCUGACGUGGCUACAGAUGGAACUGAUCAAUCUCACGUUUACCCAAACACUGUUUGGAUGCCAAAUGAAGGUGUGCAGCGUGGCUCGAUCAUGCACGGCGACGGUGAUCCGUUGACUCCACUCUACCCAGCUAAGACCGAGAUUUACAAGUCAAGGACAAUUGAGCAAGCCAAGAAAGCUCGAGUGAUCCCAACGAUCCCGGUUCUCCCGAUCAGUUACACUACCGCUUGGCAGAUCAUCUCGAGGAUGAAGGGUAGACCGGUUCCCAAGCCCUGGCAGGGAGGCUUGAACGUCACCUACCGUACUGGACCAGGUUUGAACAACGGUUUGACGCUCACCAUCGAUGUAAAGUCUGAGUUGAAAAGCAGAAAAAUCCGAAACGUGAUUGGCUACAUUCGUGGUCGGGAUGAGCCGGAUCGAUAUGUGAUUUUGGGGAAUCACUUUGAUGCUUGGGUUUACGGAUCCAUCGAUCCAAAUGAUGGGACGGCGAUCUUGAGCGAAGUGGCACGAUCGAUGGUGGCAACGAUGAAUCAAACUGGAUGGAGACCAGCCAGGACCAUCAUUUUCAUGUCUUGGGACGCCGAGGAGUUCGGUUUGAUUGGCUCAACUGAAUUCGUCGAGGAAUUCUUGGACGUUCUCCAAAAACGAGCCGUCGUUUACAUCAAUAUGGAUUGUAUGACCGGAAAUCGGUCAUUAAUGGUGAACACAGUUCCCGCGUUGUACGAUGUGGCGGUGAGUGCGGCAAAGACAAUCACAAAUCCUUCCAAAUCGGAGAUCGAUCGAGGCAGGAAAACAGUUUUCGAUACUUGGUUGAAAUACUGGCCCGAUUCAAAGCGGAAAGGUCGUCCAUUGAUGCCAGUGCCGGGCGGUGGUUCGGAUCACGCUCCCUUCUUGACGUAUGCCGGAGUGCCUGUCAUCGAUUUCUCCUAUAAUAAUGCUUCGAAGAAAGACUAUGCCCUUUAUCACAGCUUGUACGAGACACCGUUCGUCAACGAGCAUUUGCUGGACCCAGAUCAUUUUGCAUUUCACAAAGCAGUCGGCCAAAUGUGGGGCGAGUUGGCAAGGAGAUUCGCUGAUGAGGUCAUUCUCCCGUUCAACGUUACCGACUUGGCGGCAACGAUAAUGAAAGUUUACAUGCAAGACUUGAGGAAUGCAAUUAAUCCGCUUAUGUAUUUCAAAGAAGCAAUCAGCGACGCUAAACAACAACUCACCAAUCUGGGGACAGCAGCUACGGAAUUCUACACAGUAGCCAGCCAAUUCAAUACAACGAUCACGCUUGCAAGAUCAGCUUUUGAGCAGAAUCCCUAUGAUCCACGACACGUGAAUGCGAUCAAUGAGAGGAUUAUGGGAAUUGAGCGAUGUUUCAUCAAUCCUCGUGGAAUGGCCGGUGCUCCACAAAGUCGCCAUGUUCUCUUCUCGAUCUCAUCAAAGGACAGCUACAGUGGGCUGGAAAUGGCUUCAGUGUUUGAUGCGGUGGCCGCCUUCUCUGCUGCAAAAUCGGCUGCCGAACGUGAAGAAGCAGGGCGAGAGCUGGCUCAACAAAUCAGUAUUGUUCAAUAUUCAGUGAUGUGUGCCACAAAUAUACUCAGGGAUCAUAUU